AUGGCCGCCAACACCGAUACCAAGCAACUCUCCCCACUCCCAAAGCCCACCCGCUUCGUCACGGGACACAACUCCGAUGCAAAGUCAAUUAUCCACGCCGAAGAUGGUGCUACCUGGACCAAACUCGGCGACGAUAUGGGCUUCUACGUCCCGUACACCACCUCGAACUUUCCAGUGAGCAUGACCAAUGGGACGGACAUUGAAAAGAACAAGGAAGUCACAACCUCCGGAAAACUUGGGCUGGUCAACCCCGGCGGAACGGUUUGUCGAUACGUGGACUUCGCCCCGGGCAACAAGCCCAUCAUGCAUCAGACGGUCAGCUUGGAUUACGGCAUUGUGCUCGAGGGAGAGAUUGAAAUGAUUUUGGACUCUGGGGAGAAGAAGCUGCUGAAACGCGGGGACAUCGCUAUCCAACGAGGCACGAUGCACGCGUGGAGCAACCCCAGUAAAACAGAGUGGGCAAGACUGCUGUUUGUCCUGCAGGCGAGUGAGAACGUUGCCAUUGAUGGAAAGGAGUUGAAGGAGGAUAUCCCAUCGGAGGCACAUAUCCAGCCAAGUCAGUGA